UUUCCACCGCCGAGUUUUAUCUUAGUCAUUACAAUAUAAAAAUCGUUCUAAAAGAAAUUGCCAAAUACUGGAAAGUGUUUACAAACUAUGGAGAAACAAGCUAAACCCAAAAACAAGAUCCUCAAGUUCUUGCCCAAGGCAGCUUCAUCCGUGAGUUUCAGCUUUCAAAACCAUCCGUUUAGCCCUGGGAAGCAUAAAGCCUUUGUAGGGAAAGGAUUCUCCGGUCCCAUCGUUACCAUGAUUCCGGCUGAAGCUCGAACAAAAUCCAAGGCUGAUACCUUCCAAACUCAAGAACCGACUUCACCCAAAGUCUCAUGCAUGGGACAGAUCAAGCAUAAGAAAAGUAGGCUUGUUUUGUCUUCUAAACCUAAAGCCACGACUCCCGUCUCUGAAUCUUCUCCUUCCGGACAAGUAAAGAAGCAUGCAUCGAAGUUUAGGCGGAUUUUCAGUAUGGGGAAACCGACAAAGAAACCUGAGCAUGCGCCGAAAAUGCCUGAUAGAGCGCCUUCUUUGGGGCAAAUGAAGCGGUUCGCAAGUGGGCGUGAUGUUUUUGCUAGUUUCGAUUGGACGACUCAGAUUGCACCUUUGGAAGCUGAUCAUCUUAGGGAUUAUUACUCUGAUGAAGAUGAUGAGACAAGAGAUAGUGAUUUUGAAGAGGAAGACAUGAUCAUUCCCUUCUCAGCACCAAUCACGGUUGGUGGUGGUGGUGGGGUGCCUUUGCAGCCAAGGAAAGAAAUUAACAUAUGGUCCUGUGGAAAAGAAGAACCAUGAACCCACCUAGACCCCUUCAAUUGGAUCCCAUGGUCACCGCAAAUUGAUUGUUUUUUGUUUUAAAUAUAUUUGUUCCCCUUUGCCCUCCCCGUUCUUUCUUCUUCUUUCUUAUAUACAGUCAGAUUACUGCAAACAUAGACUGAUAAAACAUGGCGAAAUCUGUAAUAUAACUGAAUCUGUUGCUUCCUGGUUUCUGUACAGAUAAAAUAUAAAAUAUUUCUUGAUCACUACUUCUUCUUC